AUGAAUUUCAUUUGGUCGGGUGUACCAUUGCGACAUAGAAUGACACCAAUAGAGGUUACCUGGUUUCUGACUUUUCUAUUUGUGGAAAGUUUGGCUCAGGACCCUGACAUGAGCUCCUCCACCUUUAUACGCCAGGAAAGGGCUUUUUAUUCAGUAAAUGUUGGCAGCAACGUUACUCUGCCCUGUUUCUACCUUAGAGGUGCAGUAAUGCUUUACUGGUUUAAACAAACUCUGGGCCAGAAACCAACUGCUAUUUCUACUCUAUAUAAGCGCAAUGAAAAUGGCAGCUUUCACAAUGAGUUCAAGAACAAUCCUCGGUUUGUACUUGAAAGGGGUCAGGGUAAAAAUCACCUUAAAAUCUCUGAUUUGCAAGCUUCAGACUCAGCUAUUUAUUACUGCGUCGCUAUGGAUGCACAUAAGUUUGAGUUUGGAGAUGGAGCUACAGUCAUAGUGGAAGGUUCUGGUUCUAAGGUCCACACGUUGGCCCAUCAGACAGUAUCAGAAACUGACCAGACACUGGACUGUGUGGUGGACACAGGAAGCUGCCAUGGAGAGGGCAGUUUCUACUGGUUUAGAGACGCUAAAGAACAUCAUCCAGGAAUCAUUUACACUCAGUGUAACAGAACAAAAAGGACAUCAACCUGUGACUACAGUCUGCCACUGAAUGUGUUUGAUAUCGGGACUCACCGCUGUGCUGUAGCCUCAUGUGGACAUAUAAUCUUUGAAGAGAAACAAAAUAAAAGAUCAACAGGUGUGAUGAACUUCUCUGAACUUGUCCAGUGCUUAAGUGGAGCUCUGACAUUCAUCCUCAUCCUUAAUGCUUUGAUGUUUUUUUCAAUAUGCAAUAUGGAGACAACAGGCCAAUGUCACACAGGUAAAUGUUAA